UCCCGAGAUAUUAAUGUUCAAAACUUCACCCUUCAACACAUGGGAGCCGUGCUGCUGGAUGAAACCGAGAUUGUUCUUAAUCACGGCAAUCGCUACGGUUUGGUAGGACGCAACGGAUGUGGCAAGUCAACGCUUUUGCGAGCGCUGGGAGCCCGAGCCAUUCCGAUUCCGCGCGGUAUUGAUAUCUUCUUUUUGUCUGAAGAAGUGGAGCCAUCUGAUACUAUGACGGCACUCGACGCGGUCAUGGCAGAUAGCGAGGACGAUAAGACUCCGGAAGAGCAACAAGAAGAUGUCAUGGAAGUGCUGAAUGCGGUAUAUGAGCGUUUGGACGCGCUGGACGCGAGUACUGCGGAGGUCCGUGCGCGUUCUAUUCUAAAGGGCUUGGGCUUUACACACGAAAUGCAGUCCAAGUUGACCAAGGACUUUUCCGGAGGAUGGCGUAUGCGUGUUUCCUUAGCGCGGGCCUUGUUCAUUCAACCGGUAUGCCUGCUACUCGACGAGCCCACGAAUCACUUGGAUAUGGAGGCUGUUAUUUGGUUGGAGGAUUAUCUUUCGAAAUGGAACCGUAUUCUGUUGCUGGUUUCACAUUCGCAAGAUUUUCUCAACAACGUUUGUUCGCACAUGAUUCACUUUACGAAUAGAAAGCGAUUGCAAUACUACGAUGGCAACUACGACCAGUUCAUCAAAACGAAGUCGGAAAAGGAAGAGAAUCAGCUCAAACAGUUCAAAUGGGAACAGGAACAGAUGAAGUCCAUGAAAGAGUACAUUGCGCGAUUUGGCCACGGAACGUCCAAAAACGCUAAACAGGCGCAGUCGAAAGAAAAAGUUUUGCAAAAGAUGAUCCGUGGGGGUUUGACCGACAAACCAGAAGAAGAGAAACCGCUUAAUUUCAAAUUCACUGAUCCGGGACAUUUACCACCACCUGUUUUGGCCUUUCACAACGUUUCUUUCGGUUAUCCAAAUUGUGAAAAGCUCUACACCAACGUUAAUUUUGGUGUGGAUUUGGAUUCUCGAGUGGCCUUAGUCGGUCCGAACGGAGCUGGAAAAACUACGCUAAUGAAACUCAUGUCCAGCGAAUUGCAGCCAUCCAUGGGUGACAUUCGACCCCACGGACAUUUGAAGCUCGGUCGAUUUACGCAGCAUUUUGUGGACGUUUUGGAUUUAGACAUGACGCCGCUCGAGUUUUUCGAGAGCAAGUAUCCCAACGACCCGCGGGAAGAACAGCGCAAAUAUUUGGGUCGUUUUGGAGUGUCGGGGCCGAUGCAGGUGCAGAAAAUGAGGGAACUGUCCGACGGACAAAAGUCUCGCGUCGUCUUUGCCAAGCUUGGUCGCGACGUUCCGCACAUUUUGCUGCUCGAUGAGCCGACGAACCACUUGGAUAUGGAAAGCAUUGACGCGUUGGCUAAGGCAGUGAAUGAAUUCCAGGGUGGUUUGGUAUUGGUGUCGCACGAUAUGCGUUUGAUUGGUCAGGUGGCCAAGGAGAUUUGGAUAUGCGACAACAAAACGAUAGCGAUUCACCGGGGAGACAUUCAGUCGUUCAAAAUGGACAUGCGCGCUGCCAUG